AUGGUUAGAACAGUAGAGAAUUCUGGAGGGGAGUCGGUUGCACGAGAGGGAGACUCAGUUCUCCAACCGCAAGAGGGCAUGGAGUUUGACUCUGAAGAUGCUGCCAUGCUAUUCUACGAUGAAUAUGCUAGGCGGGUAGGAUUUGUUAUGCGGGUAAUGUCAUGCCGCCGAUCAGAAGUUGACAAGAGGAUUCUUGCCCGGCGACUUGGAUGCAAUAAAGAGGGUUAUUGUGUCAGUAUACGAGUGUUUGUUGCGGAGCUGAGGUCAAAAAGAGUAUUGGGAAAGUCCCCAAUUGGUCUUGACAGACCAACUAUUGAAAUGCCCUUGCUUGGGUCAGCUCUUCGGGGGUCAAGUCUUUUGAAAUGCUUUUUUGAGGCCACCUUUCUUAGUUUAGUAAAGGCUUUUGUUUGUGGUCUGCAAUGGGUCUAG